GAGUUUUCAUAUUGACUUAGCUUAUGUCCACAAUAGCUGAUUUAUUUCGGCCUAAUAGCUGCCAGUAGUUUUUUACCGAAAGGAUUAGAGACCGCAGUCGUCAUUUCAGACCUUGUUGGUAUCAAUGAAAGGCGGAUUCACAAUUUCCUUGGAAAUAUGAUUCGCGUGAUUUUACCAUGUAUUUUGGUUAUAGCAGCUGUCCAAAGGGUUGACACGGCGUCUCUUACAGAGGCAAAGGCGUUAUUCAGUAAUAUAUCUUCCGGAUAUAACAAAAAUAUGCGGCCAAUUGAUGAUCAGGACGGAACAUUGAGCCUGUAUAUCGAUAUGUAUCUACUAUCUAUCAAGGACUUCGACGAGGUUUCGGGAACAUUGAAUAUCCUUGGAGCGUUUAUGAUCAAAUGGAAUGACGUGUCCCUAGUUUGGGAUCGAGCUUCAUACGGUGGGUUGAACAAAGUAUACAUCGAGCAAAAUAAUAUAUGGCUACCUAAACUCUACAAUAUCAAAGCAUCAAACCAAUUCACUGCCAUCAGCGAUUCUGACAUGUCCGUAAAAAUAUAUUAUGAUGGCAGGGUUGUUUGGUCGCCAGGUGGCUUCUUCGAUGUCAAAUGUACACCAGACGUGUCAUACUUCCCGUUUGACACGCAGACAUGCUCGAUACAAUUAUCAGUGUGGGGUUAUUCAAAGCAAGACGUCAAGCUGGAGACACCAAAAACGGAGAUACAGUUGAAUUUUUACGAAACUAAUGGAGAAUGGUCUUUAGAUAAAUCUUCCGUCGGUAACUUUUCACUAGGUGAUUACAGCAUAGCAAGUUUUAAUAUUACCAUUUCACGACUCCCAGCCUUUCAUGUUGUCAACACACUGAUGCCGAUCUACUUGCUGAUGAUCAUGAAUCCGCUGGUUUUCAUGUUGCCGUGCGACUCUGGAGAACGGUGGUAUCAUCGCCUCCAUCAACAUCCUCCAACUUCGAAUGUACCACAGGGAUGAAAACGUGCCAGUACCCCGGUGGAUAGCCAGACUCAUGCGAGUCCUUGACUGUCAAUUCAAGUCCAGAAGAAGAGUCAUUGUGGUAUAUCCUAAGCAAACGGACCAAAAUUCGUUAAGUAAAAGCAUUGAUAAAAAAGGACUGAAAAAACUUACAGAAGAAGAGACACCGGACAAAAUACCGGAAAUGACGUGGAAGGAAGUGGUGCGUAUUAUGGACAAGUUUUAUACCUGUUUAUUCUUUCUUGUAGUGACUGCGUUUACCAUUGCUACUAUAGUCAUUUUGUAUUUUGGACAUGAGUGAUUCAGGCAUAUUUGACAUACGCUGUUUAAACUAAUUAACAAAGGAUGUAAAUGAUUGUUGUUUGACCGUGUCAUCUACGGGCAACAUGCAAACUGUGCCAAGUAUAUUACAUAUAUUUUCUAUUGUUAUAUGUUGAUAAAAAUAGUGUGUGUAACUUUUCACAUACAUUUACAGGGUUUGAUAGGAUUAUGAUUGCAAAAGGAGUUGAGAAACCACCAUAGAGGAAAGUUUGUGUCCAAAAUGUAGGUGAGGAUUAUUCACAUUGUUACCAAUAACGUGUAAUCCUUGGUACAGUGGACGAUUAGAUUUAGAUUGUGUAUAUCUUAAUUCAUAAAUUUAUGGUCCGUAUCCAACAUUUGUUCUAAUGAUAAUACAAUAUCUUUCGACGGUAUCAUAUACUCUGUCAAUAAUGAGCUUAUACAUGCAUGUUUGUUCUUAUCUUGGAUUGGGGACUUGACUGUCAAUGACUGGGCAUUGAUAACUCUCUAGAAGAACCUAACACCGAAAGGUAGAACUAUCAAAUGAUAUUUUUGCCCCUAAAGUACACCACUUGAUACUGCAAUCCUUGAUAUAUUUGGUCCUAAGCUGUACUAGUUUAUGGUAAAAUGUUUUAGCUAAUUGGUCUGGCAAAUGCUCCACCUCUAUGUGAUAAAAUAUUUCGGAUAAACACUCCACUAUAUAAGAGAGCAGAUUUUCUUAUCGAAUCUAAUGGGAUACAUAUGCACAUGUACGUUGAUGAAUGGAGGGUAAUGUAGCAGAAACUAAUCAAAUAAUUCUUUAAUUCAUUAAUCCUUGGAUUUUAGAGGAAGGAAUCAAUACACCUUCGCUUUAAAGGAUACGUGGUUGUUCAAUUAACCUGUAUUCUAUUGUAUUUAUCAAGAUUUAAAUGCAACAGAUUAGCACAAAAUGCUGUUCAUGCUGGAUUUCAUUACCUGUCAAAUGUAAGUACAAAUGUACUAUGAUAUUGUUUCAAAACGAGGCCAACCCAUGCUAGCUAUGGGGCACUGAUAUACCAGUCAUAUAUAAGAUAUUCAAAACAGCGCUAUGGCCUUAAUAUUCCAAUGGUUGAUGAAAAUUUACGUUAGGUUUAAACAUGUAUGUAAGGGCACAAAUCGAAACUAACGAAAUGCUAUUUUUAAUAAAUGAUAAUAUGAUUGUAUUUUGUUUCUUUGUCAGGUUUUAACACUGAAAUCGUAUUGAUUACUCUAUAAUGAUAUUAUCCGUGAAAGGAUGUCAGUGAUGCGUCUUGAUUGUUUAAUAAUUUAUAUAGAGAUUAAUUCCAUGAUAUUAAUAACUUGAUGUUAUAGCGAAUGAAACGGCUAACAUAUCACAGUUUAAUGACACUGUAUUAAAACCAUCUAAACUUAUUUUUCUGCUUUCACUCGUCAUAAUUUAUUAUGUACCAUAUCUAAGAGAAAGAAUAAAACUGGUGUUUCUAAUUUUC